AUGUCGUUAGAAUUUAAUAUUAAACAUGCUGGUAAAACAUAUUCUAUUAAGAUCACUGAUGAUACAACCGUUGGUCAAUUAAAAGAACAGAUUGAACAGUUGACCUCAGUUCCAAUUGAGCGCCAAAAGUAUAUGGUAAAAACGGGUUUAACUGAUCCAAAUGUUUCAAAUUUAUCCAGUCUAAUUAAGAAUGGAUCAACAGUAAUGUUAUUAGGCACUUCGGAUGCAAAUUUGAUUUCAAAACCAAAGGAGAGGAGCCACUUUAUCGAAGACCUUUCUCCUGAUCAACAGUUACAAAAGAUAAACGAUUUACCUAUUGGUUUCAAGAAUAUGGGGAAUACAUGCUAUUUGAAUGCUACAUUACAGGGGUUAUAUAGUUUACAUCAAUUAAGAGAAUUAAUUCUAAGCUAUAAUCAAAGCACUUUUACAAGCAUUAAUCCACAAGAUGAAAUUCAUCACAAAUUAGUACAAGAAAUCAAGCGUUGUUUUGAGGGUUUAAAGAAUAAGAAAUUCCAAUCUAUUAUGCCUUUAGUUCUUUUAAACAUUCUUAGAAAGACUUAUCCUCAGUUUGCUGAAAGAGAUCCACAAUCUGGAUUUUUUAAACAACAAGAUGCAGAAGAAUUGUUUACCCAGCUAUUUCAUUCACUGACUGUGGUAUUUGGUGAUAAAUUUUCUGAAGAUUUUAGAAUCAAAUUCAGAACUACUAUCAAAGACAAACAUAAUGAAAAUGAUAUCACUAUAAGAGAAGAUGAAGAUGAUUUUAAAUUACAAUGUCAUAUUUCUGGAUCUACAAAUUUCUUAAGAAACGGAUUGAUUGAUUCUUUGAAUGAAAUUAUUGAAAAGAGAUCAGAGAUUACUGGUAACAAUUCUGAUUUUUUAGUUAAAAAGGAAAUAAUCAAAUUACCUAAAUUCUUAACUGUCCAAUUUGUCAGAUUCUUUUGGAAAAGAUCAAGUGGCAAAAAAUCUAAAAUUUUACGUAAGGUCACAUUCCCAUUUCAAUUGGAUGUUUCAGAAUUAUUAACAAGUGAAUAUCAACAAGAAAAAAUUAAAGUCCGUGAGGAAUUAAGGAAAAUUGAAAAGGAAAAGGAGGAAGCAGAAAGAGAAUCCAAAAAACGUAAAGUCGACCCAUUAAGUAAUGGUGUUGUAAUGACACCAAAGGAAGAAAUGGAGACAGAGAAGGCUCUUCAAGAAAGCAAAAAACAAUAUUGGUUAGAUGAAUUUAAGAAACAUUUUCCUAACAAUUUACAAAAAGGUGAAAAUCCAUCAUGUGUUUAUGAUUUAGUUGGCGUCAUAACACACCAAGGUGCUAAUUCAGAGUCUGGCCAUUAUCAAGCUUUUAUUAGAGCUGAUCAUGAUGAUAAUAUCUGGUAUAAAUUCAAUGAUGACAAGGUUAGUAUUAUUGAAAAAGAUAAAAUUGAAUCUUUAGCUGGUGGUGGUGAAAGUGAUAGUGCUUUAAUCCUUUUAUACAAAGGAUUUGGAUUAUAA